AUGAAGGAAGCAAACGAGACACUGGCAACAGAUUUCAUUCUCUUGGGACUCUUCCCUAACUUGAGGUUCGUCAGCAUCCUUAUCUAUGCUAUCAUUUUGAUUUACCUCACUGCAGUCACAGGGAACUUUGCCCUGCUGCUCCUGAUCGCCAUGGACUUGAGGCUCCACACCCCAAUGUACUUUCUGCUCAGCCAGCUUUCCCUCGUGGACUUGGCCCUCAUCAGCAGUACUGUUCCAAAAAUGAUGAUUAACUUUUUCUCUGGGAGGAAGACCAUCACGCGUCUGGCCUGUGGAACUCAGAUAUUUUUCUUCUUUACUCUUGGGGGUGCUGAAUGCAUCCUCUUGACUCUCAUGGCUUAUGACAGAUAUGUAGCUGUCUGUAACCCCUUGAGCUAUGUGGUCAUCAUGAACCAUGAGGUCUGCCUGCAAAUGGCUGUAGUGUCUUGGAUUGGGGGCAUUUUGGCUUCCACAGCCCACACAAUUUAUACCAUGAAUCUGCCUAUCUGUGGCUCCAGAGAAAUCCACCAUUUCUUCUGUGAGAUGCCAGCAAUUAUGAAGAUCUCAUGCAAAGACACUUCCACCUAUGAGCUGGUGGUCUUUGUGAUGGGCAUUUCAUUUAUCAUCAUCCCUUUUGGACUUAUCACGGCUUCCUACAUCUUCAUCUUCCUUACUGUCCUUCGUAUGAAAUCUCCCCAAGGCAGGAAAAAAGCCUUGGCCACCUGCUCCUCCCAUCUUAUGGUGGUAAGUUUUUAUCUAGGGCCAUGUGUUUAUUUGUACAUGACACCUGGUUCCUCCCACAGCCCUGAGCAGGAGCAGGCUGUGUCUGUGUUUUGCACUGUCCUCACACCCAUGCUAAAUCCACUCAUCUACAGCCUGAGAAACAAGGAUGUAGUGGGGGCUCUGCAGAAAGUCCUGGGAAAACAUCCAGUCUCUAAACAGAACACAUAG